GGUGCGUUUCAUUUUGAAAUGUUUGUAUUUUCCAAAGAUUUUUUGUGGUAUUUAUGUUAUCAUUUAUUAUUUUUUUGAUAUUGAUAAUCAAGCGGAAAACGGUUAUUUUUAGACCAAACUUGUGGAUAUUUUAUUUGAUGUUAAAACAUUAAUUAAUCAUACACGUUUUAUUUCAUAUAAUUUCCCGCUCGAAGCUCAUUCUCUCAUUUCUCCGCUUUCAUACACCAAUUACUGCGUUUAACGGUACUGUCUGUGCUGUACAUAUAACGUGAACAUCGUUCGAAAACUGUCUUUUCUUUUAUGUUUUGUGAUUUCGAGUGAAGCUCGGGUUAUGAAUGAUUUCAACAUGCCGAAAUUUAAGAAAAAUAUUGUGAAUGAUGAAAAUGAUGUUCCAAACAAUAUUAAUGUGUCUAAUGAAAAACAACGCAGACCUUAUAAAUUUGAUAUACGAAAAAUUCUAAAAGAAAGAAAAGUUUAUAAUGAAUAUAAGAAAAAAAGUGCUGAACUUGAUGAACAGUUAAAAGUUGUUGAUGAUUUGUUUCAAGAUUCAAUAAAAGUAUUUUCUAUUUGUAAUGAAAAGCAAAGUUCACCUGAGUCAACCAAACAUGGAUACAUUAUAUUUGAUCAUUCUAAGUAUAACUCGAUCUUUAAAAAUAAUUCAGAUUCUUAUAAAUCAUUAUCUAAUUCUCAAAAAAUAUUCAUUAAAAUGUCUAAAAGUAAAAAUGUAUCUACAGCUAAUGUUUAUUUUAAAUAUUUAAUGGAAGAAAAUUGGUCUCCGGUAUUGGACGAUAUAAAAAAUGUUUUAUGUAAUUGGGGUGCUGAUUUUGAUACUUUGGCAAAUAAGCCAUUAUUAAAAUGUGAAAUAAACAAUGACAACAAAAUAGGACAACAUAACUUUGAAUUAGUAAUGAAAUUCAUUACACAUAAUGUGCUGAAAACCAACAAUGGACUUACUGACAAUGAUCUCUUGAAAUUAGCCAAUAUCUCUGUUACCAUAUCUUUUGAUCGCUAUUGCAGAAGGAUGAUAAAUGUGAUAAAACAAUUAUUUUGUGCGUGUAUUGAAAAAACAUUGCGUGAAAAUGAUGAGAUUGCUAUUACAUCAUUUGCUGAUGACCUGUAUUCUAAGUAUACAAAAACUCAACUAUUGAAAAUGAUAAAUUUAUUUCUACCUUUGGAUAACUAUGGACAAACAAUGAAAAUAAUUUAUAAAUAUAUCACAUUUAAAUUGUUAAAAUCACUUUUAGGAAUAUCAGAUGACAAAAAUGUAUUUCCUACUUUAAAUGACUGGUUUGUACAAGAUAUGGUAACUAAAGAUUAUUUACAUCGAAAACCAAAAAUAAUACUACAUCGUAUUAUUAAAUUAUUAGAUCAUGUUGUAGUUACACUUGAUUUGUAUAAAAAUGAAGAAAAACUCGAAUGUAUGUACCACUUCUUUUAUGCUGUUAUAAGAUCUGCAGGAUUUUUUGAGUAUAUGGACCUUAUUAAUGUAAUAGAUAAAUGGAAGAUGCAAUUAUUCAAACUGCAUAUUGAUCGUAAAAGGUUAAUGAUCUUAUAGUAUUAUAUUUAUGUAUUAAAUGUGAUAUCAAAUUAAAUUAUACUUAAAGUUAAA